AUUGAAACAGUCCCCCCGCAAGCCAAAACGACGGUUUUGUAAAUAAUUUAUUUAGUCUCCCUUUUACGGUUUUUGUUUAUUCAGGAUGACUUCGCUCAAAUUCCUGCUCACGUUUUCCACCAGGCUUUUCCCGACAACUAGGAAACAGAAUGUUAUAAACAUCAAGAGGACUUUCUUCUUGGACAGAUUCAUUAAACGUUCAGACGGCAGGUGCUUGGACUUCCAGCGGCUGUGCAGCUCUGCAGCAGCCAAGGCCGUGAAAAGCGAAGACUCUUUCCUCAAAUGGUUCCUGCUGCUCAUCCCCGUCACCACCUUUGGCCUCGGGACAUGGCAGGUUAAAAGACGGGAGUGGAAGUUAGGAUUAAUCAAUGAGCUCCAUAGACUGACCACAGCAGAGCCAAUUCCUCUUCCUCCAGAUCCUCUUGAGGUGAAUGAGCUGGAGUACAGAAGGGUAAAAGUACGUGGACAUUACGACCACUCCAAGGAGCUAUAUGUCAUGCCCCGCUCGCCCGUUAAUCCGGAGAAGGAAGCCAGAGAGGCUGGAAGUCUGUCCUCGAGUGGAGAGAUCGGCGCUAAUGUCAUCACCCCGUUACACUGCACCGACCUUGGCACCACAAUCCUGGUGAACAGAGGAUAUGUUCCAAAGCAGAAAGUCAGACCAGAAACGAGGAUGAAGGGGCAGGUGGAGGAUGAGGUGGAUGUGGUGGGAGUCGUUAGGCUGACUGAGAGUCGGAAACCAUUUGUACCAAACAAUGAUGUGAACAGAAACCGCUGGCAUUACCGUGACCUGGAGGCCAUGGCCAGCGUCACAGGAGCAGCACCGAUUUUCAUUGACGCAGACUUCGAGAGCACAAUCCCUGGAGGGCCAGUUGGUGGACAGACCAGAGUCACUCUGAGGAACGAACACAUGCAGUAUAUAAUAACAUGGUAUGGCCUGUGUGCAGCUACGUCCUACAUGUGGUGGGCCAAGUUCAUCAAAAAGAUUAAAAUGUAAUUCAGAUUGCAACAGAAAUGUUUCCUACUGUAUACCAAUAUCAGCUUGCUCAGUACUUUUAUUUAUCCAACAAGAAAUAAAAUCUUUGGUUGUGGGAAUUUUA